AAAUUUUUUUUUUUUUUUUUUUUUCAAGAAAAAAAAAAAAAUUUCGUGAUUAGGACAUUUUUUUUUUCUGUUAAUUCCUUUACCAUGUUGACAGUCUACCAAGCCGCGUAUGAAGAUAAACUGUUUAUAGUCAAGCAAAUGGUGGAGAAAGACCCUAGCCUGGUACAAAGUGUAGACGAGGAUGGACGUACUGCGCUUCAUUGGGCGGCUUCAGGAGGUCAUGCAUCGAUUGUAGAAUAUUUGAUGAAUAAGGGAGCUAUUGUGAAUAAUCCAGAUAAAGAUGCGGGAUGGACACCAUUGAUGAUUGCUGUGGCGGCAGGUCAUGAAGAUGUGGUCAAGUUACUCUUACCUCAAUCAGACGUGAAUCAUCAAAAUGAAUCCAACCACACUGCCUUGUAAGUCCUAUUAAGUGUAGAACAUUUGAGUUACAGAAACUGAUGAAUGAAAAAAAAAAAAGACAUUAUGCAGCUUCCAAAAAUA